CAGGACUAGGCAAAGAAUGUGUCUGUCUAGGCCACCAACAAGCUUAUGGGGGUACCUAUCGUCGAGCCCGACAAGGGCACGUAUAACACGCUCUGGGCCAUGGGGGUCGCCAGGGAGACUCUUGUCUCGGGCGGGUAUUACAAGCCUGUAGGGGUGCUGAGCAAGACUGAUGCCACCGCUGAGAGUGGACGGGGGGUGUUUUAAUAGUUAAAUAUAUAAUGCC